GAUAGGGACAGACCUUUCUUUCAAUGCUCUUGCUAACGUUCGAGUUGGCGGGACUAUUUGAAGAAAGGUGUCCGUGUGCGCGCACGCAAUUACAUCUUUUUAGUCGCGUGUGUGAGAAAGCAGCACGUGAACACAUUUACGAAGAGCAAUUUGCUGCAACAGAGUAGCACCACCUUCAGCAUCUAGCUACUUGCAGACAUGGUAACAGCAGUGCAGUGUGUGAUAGCCAAGUUGCUGGCCCCACUAUGGAGAAAGGUAGAGGAGGCUGAAGUGGAUGGGUUAUAUGGCGCAGCGAUGGAGGAGGUCCGCAACCUGCGCUGCGGCGUGGUGACCCUGCUGUGUCAGGACUACGGCAUGAUCGACGAUGAUGUCUACUUCACCACUGGAGAGGUGCUUGGUGGCGUGCCGCUCAGAGUCGGGGAUGCAGUCAACGGCCUUGCAGUACGAGAUAGUGCCCAAGGAGGGUGGAAAGCACUGAGGGUGGAGAAGAACGCUGAUGCCUGGGAGGAAGGAGGGGGAGGAGCCUCCCUGGAGGCAGACAGCAACCAGCUCCGUCCUCUGAUUGGUACUGUGACGUCAUGUGACCGGGACGGUGGCUUUAUCAAUCAGACCACUUUUUUUCCACGAGAAGCUCUUUGUGAUGGUUUUGAACCCAUGAAAGGGGACUGGGUCCAGGCCCAGUACUUUAUUAGUCCCACCCAGUGGAGCAGCCAGGCCCGGUCUGUGUCCCCCUUACGCUACCGCCGCAUGGACCAGGUGCGUGUGUCCAGUGUGUUUGGCAGCAGCGGUGUUGUGGAGGACAGUGUGUUCUUCAGCCUGGACAACCUUCUACUCCCGGCCGGGUACCGUCCCUCCCCUGGGGACAUGGUCAGCCUGGUGGUGGUGGAGAGCAGCCAGUCCUUCUACUGCUGGAGGGCUCUGUGCAUGGCUACCAGCCAACACGGUAUGAAUACUGUCAAUAACAGGUCCGUCCCAGAGGCGGAGAUCAAUAGUCUCCUGGAGGACAAGGGGGGCCUGGUGGUUGGCGACAAGACACACUUUGGGGUUCUGCUGCUGGGAGAGAGCCGGGAGCUGGUUGUCUGGAUACAGAACCGAGGAUCUGAGACCCAUAGACUGAAGUGCUGUGAGUUUGCUGGCUGGGACUCAGAGGAGCAGUUCAACCUAGGGACUGUGACAGACCCACCGGGACAGAGAGAGGGUGUUGUACAGUUUCCUGCUCUAACACAGAUCCUCUAUCGGGGUAUUCAGGGCCUAUCCAGCAAGCACACUCCCAUGGUGGGUCCCGCUCUCUACCCGCAGUCCGGGUCUGCUGGGCCUACUGUACUGCUCAAUGGUGAUGGGAAGGAGAUGAGUGAGAUAGAUGGAGAUGUGGUUGGAGAAACUGGUGAGGCACAUCAGGACACUGUUCACAAGCCUGCCAUACGGACAGAUGAGCGAGACGUGGAGAUCGCACCAGGGGAGAAGGUAUCUGUGAAAGUGGGCUGCCGAGCCAAGAACUUGGGGCGUUGUGCGGAGCUGCUGCUCCUGCACUUCCCCUCUUUCACCAUUGGGAGGCGUCUGGAGGUCACAGUAGGCAGUAAAGAGGAGAGUCUUCUCCAGCCCUUUGCUCCCUACUGCCCAGCAGCCCCACUGCCCCUUCCUCAGGCUGCCCAGGUGGUCACUGUGAUGGCUGCACAUCCACCUCAACGGCUGAUUAAGCGCCACCUGCCUAACUUCCUGGGUAACUACCCGGUGCCCCAGGCUCUACGGGACUGUAUGGAGGCCGACCGUGACGUUUUGGUGGCCCAGCCAUGUCUUGGAGAGACUCUGUCGGCGGCCAACAUGCGUCUCCGUUUCUCCUCCCUGCUGUGGCUGGAGGAGCUACAAGCUGAGAGCGAGCUCAGGGAGUUCAGCAUCAGUGGAGCCCUCCUCAGGAGAGGCGCCAUCUAUCUGCACCUAGAAGUGCUUGGCCUGGCUGAGGGCAGGCCCAGUCUCUUCAUAGGUGACAGAGUGGCACUGAAGAAGCCAAUCAGUGGAGGCGUGGUGAUGGAGUACAUCGGUUAUGUCACAGAGAUCAUUGAUGAGGACGUGAGUCUGAGGGUGAACACUGAGUUUCAGCAUGGCUACCUGGGAGAGCCUCUAGAUGUUGAGUUCACCUUCAACAGGUUGUCCAUGAGGCGAUGCCACUUAGCACUGGACCAGAACAAGCACUUUGAAGAGAAUGUGUUCUUCCCUAAAGCUGUGAUGCUUCAGGCCCCUCUAUGGACGGGAGAGUGGGGUCCAGAGGAAGUGAAAGAGGGCACCCUCACAACCGAUGGGGUGAAGCUGUCAAGCGUCUCCGUUGACAUGGUCUCAAAGGCCACACAAACCAAACCAGAUUCCAGGCUGCCAUCUAAACCCAUCCCUAACCCAGGCCAGUUUUUCAACCAGCAGCUGAACCCGUCUCAGAGGGAGGCAGUGAAGCGGAUCCUGGCAGGGGAGUGUCGGCCCACUCCGUACAUCCUAUUUGGACCCCCAGGGACAGGAAAGACUAUCACGCUCAUAGAGUCCAUACUACAGGUGUAUCACCGCCUGCCCAGUAGUCGUGUGCUGGUGUGCACUCCCUCCAACAGUGCUGCAGACCUCGUCUGUAUCCGUCUCCAUGAAAGUGGGUACCUGAACUCUGCCAGCCUGGCCCGCGUCAACGCCUCCGGUCGACAGGAAGAGGCCAUCCCGGAGGUUCUAAGGCAGUACUCUCAGGCUGGGGAGGACAUCCGACACGCCUCCUUUCACAGGAUUGUGGUCAGCACCUGUUCCAGCGCCGGCAUGUUCUACCAGAUUGGACUGCGUGUGGGUCAUUUCACCCAUGUGUUUCUGGAUGAGGUUGGCCAAGCCACGGAGCCAGAGGCACUGAUCCCUCUGGGGCUUCUGUCAGAGAGAGACGGACAGAUAGUUCUGGCCGGAGACCCCCGGCAGCUGGGUCCAAUUGUGAAGUCCAAGCUUGCGCAGGCGUUCGGCCUGGGGGUGUCCCUGCUGGAGAGACUGAUGGCCAACACUCUGUACUCCAGAGAGAAUGGCGGAUACAACCCAGUGCUGGUUACCAAGCUAGUGUACAACUACCGUUCCCACGAGGCCCUCCUUGCCCUGCCCUCUAGACUGUUCUACAACGGGGAGCUGUGUGUCAGGGCCCAGAGGCUCAUAGUGGACUCCCUCUGUCACUGGAGCCGUCUGCCAACCAAGGGAUUCCCCCUCAUCUUCCACGGAGUCAGGGGCACAGAGAUGAGGGAGGGCAACAACCCGUCAUGGUUCAACCCUGGAGAGGCGGUACAGGUGAUGCUGUACUGCUGCCAGCUGGCCAAGAAGCUCUACAAUCCUGUAGCUGCUAGUGACAUUGGCAUCAUCGCCCCCUACAGGAAACAGUCGGAGAAGAUCCGUGUGCUGCUCCACCGGGUGGGCCUGUCUGACAUCAAGGUGGGCUCUGUGGAGGAGUUCCAGGGACAGGAGUUUCUGGUUAUCAUCUUGUCCACGGUGAGGGCAAAUGAGUUGGUGCAGGGCAACGACCUGCAAAGCAUACUGGGAUUCCUGUCCAACCCUAAGCGCUUUAACGUAGCCAUCACGCGGCCCAAAGCCCUGCUCAUCGUCGUGGGCAACCCGCACAUCCUCGUCAAGGACCCAUGCUUCACCGCUUUACUCCAGUAUUGUUUUGAGAACGGGGCCUACCUGGGCUGUGACCCCCCAACCUGUCUCAGGGCAGCACACCGAGCUGCCAGUGAGAAAGAGGAGUGAGAGUUCACCGCCCCCUCUGCUGACACUCCACUGCUACCUGUACAAUUAUGUUCAAAUACAAGUUUCUUCUUUCAUUCUUUACAUUACGAUGACUUAGCUCUCUGCAUUUGUUAUUCUAUACCGUCGGCUGCGUAUGUCUUAAUCGGUGGGAAAUGGAGAAAUGGUUUGUAAAAGAUGUAUUAAGAGAAUGCACUCCCAUUUCUUAACUGCUGUAUGUUGCUGUUGUCAUGCCAUCCACUGGGUGGCAGUAAUAAAUAUGACAAACCUUU